AUGCUUCGACCUGGAGCAUCUAUCACAACUGGUUUGCGUCGAGCCCUGACUCUAGCCACAUGCCUUCGUGGUGGACGACACCUCACAGUCUCAUCGGUUCGGCGACCACACGGCGUGGCGCUCGCUCCAUCCAAGUUCCUUCAACACAUGUCAACGUCAACGUCUGCCACCUCGAAUGGCACAUUUGCGUCCGCUGACACCUCCUCCUCCUCCUCGUCAGACAGCGAUUCGGAAUCUAACUACUACCACAACUUCACGGACGGCUCACUGGAGGAGGCGUGUGAACGCGCGUUAGAGGCGGCGAUAAGUCAAGUGCCCUCGCACGGAUGGACGCGUGAGGCAUUUGAAGCUGCGUGCGCCGCCCUUGACCUUCCCCCAGGCUUGCACUCCGUCGCCAUGCCGAAGGGCAGUGUGGACCUUGUGUUGUACUUCUACCAGUCGAGAAACGACAGACUCGCGGAGCAGCUCGCCAAGUGGCGAAAAGACGAGGCCGGUGACAAAUACGUUAUCCCGAGCCCGAACAGCUUUGGUUUUGCCGCGCCACCACCGUUUGAAACGAAACAGGAAACCGAUGCUUUUCUGCGUCGUGCCAUCGAGUAUCGUCUGCGCGCGAUCGACGAAGUUCUUCCUCACUGGAAGCACGCGAUGGGACUGUUGGCUCUGCCCCAAAACAUUCCAGCCGCAAUCGGCUUGGAGGCGCAAAUUGUCGAUGAGAUAUGGGCGCAAGCUGGCGACCGAUCGGUUGAUGUGAGUCGUCAAGCUAAUUUUCAAAACCCUUUUUUCGUUGUCGUAGUUACGAAAGUGGCGAUUAUGAACUGGUACGCGAAGCGGCUGGGAUUGGCCUACGUGUACAAAUUGACAGAACUCUUCUACAUCCAGGACGCCUCGCCUGAUCACCAGGAGACGUGGCACUUCCUCGAUCGUCGCGUGGCUGAUCUACGUGCCUUGAAAGAAGCCAAGGUAUGCUCUCCCGUUAAUUGUCACUUGCAGCCGCUUCGUGCUCUGUUUCAACUGCACACGAAGCUCCCGCGAUUGGCGUUUCACGGGGUGCCAAGCCAAAGUGUAAGGUAG